AUGAGGUCAAUCCUCCAAUUCCUGCGACAAGCACGCCAAUUACACCUUCAAUUCCUAGCAGGAACUCUCCAACAACCACCAAUCUACGUCCUAGGCAACCCCUCCGCUGACCUUGACUCCAUAAUCUCCGCAAUCCUCUACUCCUACUGCGCCAACAACCGCCUCCCAACAACAACCCCCCGCCCACACAUCCCCCUCCUCAACCUCCCCACCCUCCACGCAGGCCCAGAACUAUACAGACUCCGACCGGAGUUCGUGACGGCACUAUGGCUCUCGACUAAUUCCCCCGCCCUUCCAGAUGAAGGAUUUCAAAAUUCAUCCGAGUCCGCGGGGAAUCUCCUACGCGAACAUAUAAUCACAACAGCAGACUUUGCACAGAAUCUGAAAGACCAAUCUAGACAAAAACUAAAUGUGGACGUUACGCUCGUCGACUGGAAUGCGCUACCAGAACGCAUCGGAAAGAACAAGGGUUCUCUACCAGGUAUCCUGUCAAAUAUUACCUUCCACGUCGUGGGGUGUAUUGAUCACCACGUCGAUGAAGACUUCAUAUCCUCCACGAGUCAAAUCCAACCACUGAUAAUCCAGCCCGGGCCAGGAUCAUGCGCCUCGUUAAUCACCAACGAGAUGCAUGAGCGAGGUUUCUGGGGUGUGGAUUGUUCUGCAGAGAUUGCUCAGCUUGCGAAAUUGGCUCUCGCUCCGAUACUUAUUGAUACUUCGAACCUGACGGCGGAAGGAAAGGUCACGGAUGUGGAUGUGCGUGCUGUCGACCUUUUGAGGUCGCGGGCUGGUGGGGAUCAGUGGAUGGAGGGAUUCUACGAAGAGAUCCUUUCUGCGAAGCAGAAUAGUCUCGAUCGGUUGACGUUGCAUGAGGUUUUGGAUCGGGAUUAUAAGGAGUGGGCGGAGGUGGCUCAGUCUUCUGGUCGCAGUAUUACGCUUGGGUUUUGUUCGUCGGUCAAGCCUAUUCGGUGGAUUAUUGAGAAAGCGGGGAGUCCUCAGGAGUUCUUGGAUGGGAUGCGCUCGUUCGGUACUUCGAAGGAGGUGGAUGUUGUGGUUGUUAUGACGUCGUUUACUUCAAGCAAGGGUGACUUCUCUCGUGAGCUUUUUAUUAGUGUUAUUGGUGAUCAUGGCGUUGCGGUUGAGGGCAUUGAGGCGUUUGUUGCACAUGCUGCAUCUCAUCUUGGGCUUACGGAGUGGACAGCAUUGGAUGGGGAGACGGUGGAUGUUUCAGACGAGGAGAUUCGGUCCACCCUAGAUCGAGAUAAGGGGCCCUGGAGUGCAUUAUGGGUACAGAAGGAGACAAAGGCGAGCAGGAAGCAGUUGGCUCCUUUACUACGGGAAGCUGUAUCCAAGAUAUGA